AUGGAGGGCUUCGACACCACCACCAUGUCGUAUCUCGCGACCCCAAUGCUCAUGCAGAACGUCGCCGGCCCUGACCAGCACAUGGUGAUGCCCAUGGCCCCGCUCGAUCAGUAUGACCAGCGCUCGGUGUUUGACAACGAGACGUUCGCCGGGAGUGAGGAUGCCUUCUCCGUCUCGCAGUAUCAGAUGCAGCGCCCAGCCCCACCUCUCAAACGUUUCCCAAGCACCUACGAAGACCCAUUCUCCGACGUUCACAGCACUUACGAGCAGUCGAUCCACCCACACGAGCACACCGGCGUACCAGAGAGCCCUAGCAUCGACAGCAACAACAAGCUACUCAGUUUCUCCUUGCCAAGCGUCCCCUACACCAUCCUGGACUAUGGUCUGCAGCGCAGAGUGACCAUGUCAAUGUCUGCUCAGCUCCAUGGCAUGUUCUUCCUAGCCGAGUCGCCGUGGGCCACAGCUGGCGAUGUGCAGCCACCGCCGACCGAGUUGACCUGUUAUCGCCGCAAUCUCUUCCAGAUCACGGGCACAGUGACGCUACCGAGGAGCAUGCGUGCCAUCCUGACCGAUCACGGUGAUCAGAUACCCAUACUGGGCCAAGAGCUUACUAUAUCCGCUACAGAAUCACUCGAAGGCAACCCCGUCAAGAUAAUCUCGGUACCGUGGAAGACGCCCGCUACCAGCACGGUUCCCGUUGAAGACAAGACGGAGAAAGAGCCGCCCACAUAUCCUUUGGACUUACUGACAGGCCAGGACAUGGACUCAGACUACGUCAACUUUCCCAUCAGCUGGAAGAGACUACAGUUUCGAAUAGCAACCGCCAACAACGGAAGGAGAAAAGAGCUGCAACAGCACUUUGUGGUGCGUCUGAAGGUCCAGGCAACGCUAGUCAACGGCGCCAAGAUACCGCUGUGUGAGAUACAUUCCAGUGCAAUCAUUGUUCGCGGUAGAAGUCCUAGGAACUUCCAGUCGCGCAAAGAUAUGCCCAUUAGUGGUGGGACUGCGACAGCACGCAAGUCUCACUUGCCCUCACAGCCAAGCCGUACUACCACCGGCGACACUGCUCAGACCAGUCAAAGCCACGGGCAGAGUAACAUGACCUCGACCGCAAAACAACCAGACAUGAUGCAGAUGCCGUACGACUUCAAUCCUAAUGAAGUGCCCGUCUCUCCAGAUUUCCUCGACUGGAAAGUACCUGGAGGCGGUGCUAUGACUGCGAUGCCACCGGAUCCCCCGUCGUCCCAGAUGCCUCACGCAACACCGUACGCACAGUCAACACCUGAAAUAUCUAGAAGCGUCCCGCCUCCGCAAAAAGGUUCGAUAGCACCAGUUACACUCUCGCUUACGGACGACGAACCCAAGAAGGCACCCUCACCCGUGGAGCAUGCGAGAAAACGCACCGCACCAGCACGGCCGCCAUCCUUCUCUAUCGGCAUCAUCAACAGUCCUGACGAGAGUGCUGAUCUGCUCUACGAGUACUUCCCUCUUGGCCUCGAUGAUUGGAUGCCACCCGUCGAUGCCGUUUACCGCCCGCAUGUUGUACAUCACACCAAUCUACCACAGGAUCCAAAAUCUGUCGAAAUGAAGACUCGAUCCAAACGGUACUUUGAAGCAUCGUGGUGA